GGCAACUGCUGUUAGUCAGACUUUCGCAGUGAGUGACGGAUAUUUCAAAAGAGCUUUCACUUGCUGGAACUUGACACUGAUAUCAUUUUAUAUGAAUACAGAAUCUGUUUCAAAGGGAUAGAACCUGCUGGACCGCCGCUCUGCACCGCCAACAUGCCGGUCGUGAACCAAGAGCCCUCCAAAGACUCAGGAGGCGCAGAAGGUCUUCCUAAGCUUCCACUGCCUGCCCUGAAAGACACACUGGAUAUGUACCUGAGGUGUAUGAAGCACCUGCUCACAGAGGAACAGUUCAACAAGACCCAAACUAUAGUGGAGCAGUUUGGAGCCCCUGGAGGAGUGGGGGAGCUACUGCACAGCAAACUCACGGAGAGGAGGGAGAAGAAGGCAAACUGGGUGUACGACUACUGGCUGAAUGACAUGUACCUCAACAACAGACUGGCUCUGCCUGUCAACUCCAGUCCUGCGAUGGUCUUCCCACAGCAGAACUUCAGGGCUCCCAUCGACUCUUUACGAUUUGCUGCACACUUAAUUUCUGGAGUUCUGGAGUACAAGACUCUUCUUGAUGGACGUGCACUUCCAGUAGACUACGCCCGGGGUCAGCUGGCUGGAACCCCUCUGUGUAUGGAGCAGUACUAUCGCCUCUUCACUUCCUACCGCCUCCCUGGGCCUGAGAGAGACACACUCGUGGCCCAAGAGAGUAGCGUGAUGCCAGAGCCUGAGCACAUCAUUGUGGCUUGCAAAAACCAGUUCUUUGUAUUGGAUGUGGUGAUCAACUUUCGUCGACUGAAUGAAAGAGACCUGCUGACUCAGCUGGAUAAGAUUGUCAGGAUGGCUGACGGCGAAGAAGAACAGCUCCCACCCAUUGGUCUUCUGACUUCAGAUGGACGGACGGAGUGGGCCAAGUCUCGCAGUGUGUUAAUGAGAGAGUCUACUAACAGGGACUCUCUGGACAUGAUCGAACGCUGUCUGUGUCUGGUCUGUCUUGAUGAUGCCACUGGGCCUGAGCUAAGUGACUCGGCUCGUGCGAUGUUGAUGUUGCAUGGUGGAGGAGUAGCCAAGAAUGGAGGGAAUCGCUGGUACGACAAGCCCAUGCAGUUUGUCAUAGGAGCUAACGGCUGCUGCGGAGUCGUGUGUGAACACUCACCGUUUGAAGGAAUUGUCCUUGUGCAGUGCACAGAGUAUCUACUCAAAUACAUGAUUGGCAGCCCAUCGAAGCUGGUCAGGGCUGCAAGUGUGAGCGAGCUGCCUGCACCACGCAGACUCCGCUGGAAAUGUACUCCAGAGAUUCACAAACUCCUCGCCUCUUCUGCUGACAAACUACAAAGGUUGGUGAAAAAUUUGGACAUAAACGUUCACAAAUUCUACGACUAUGGAAAAGAGUUCAUCAAGAAGCAGAAAAUGAGCCCAGAUGCCUACAUCCAGGUUGCCCUUCAGUUAGCCUACUACCGAUGUCACGGCAGACCAGUGUCGACCUACGAGAGCGCUUCUAUAAGGCGUUUUCAAGAAGGCAGAGUGGACAACAUACGCUCAGCCACACCAGAAGCUCUGGCCUUUGUCAAAGCAAUGGCUGAUAGGGAACUGAGAACAAGUGAUACGGAAAAGAUGGAGAUGUUACGAGGUGCCAUUGCUGCACAGACAAAGUAUACUAUUCUGGCUAUUACAGGGAUGGCAAUAGACAAUCACUUGCUGGGACUACGUGAAAUUGCACAGGAGCUGAAGAUAGAGAAACCAGAAAUAUUCAAAGAUGAAGCCUAUCUCAUCAGUAAUCAGUUCAUCCUCUCUACAAGUCAGGUUCCUACUGCUGUUGAGAUGUUCUGCUGCUACGGACCCGUGGUUCCAAACGGAUAUGGAGCGUGCUACAACCCUCAGUCAAACCACAUUAUCUUCUCUGUGUCCAGUUUCCACGAGAGUCCUCAGACAUGUUCCGCAGAAUUUAUCAAGUGUCUGGUGCAGGGACUCCUGGACAUGAGGGAUCUGUGCAAUAACUGUAACUCCGGCUCCAAUGUGGCUGCACAAAGACAGGGUCAAACGCUGGACAUACAUACACAAACAGAAACAAACUGGCCAAACAAAACAACGCAGAGACCGGCUGACCAGAGCAAGAAUCAGCAAACACUGCCACAUGUUCUGCUGAAGACAGCAGACCAGACUAAAGUGGAGGCUCAAACCCAGACGUCUUCACAGGGAGAGGCACAAGCUCUGAAGACUGGAAGUAAAUCAUAACUCAGAGAAAAUAGCGACAGAGUGAUUUUCAGUGUGAUUUUGUGCUUCGACUCCCCUGGAGUCAUUCACGUAAUAUACAAAAUCUUCUGUGAUACAUAAUGCUUCGUAAAGCUGUUUUGCUGUUUAUUGUGCUGUAAAAUGUAUUUAGUGCUGAUAAUAAUCGAAUCUACUCAUUCUUAGAGAAUAUUAGAGGUGCUGGUUAUUGCGGAAGACAUUUUCUGCUGUUGUCAGAAAAAAUAUCCGUAUGCAGUAUUUAAAAUAUCUGCCAAAAUGGCGUCUGUAUGUGGGCAAAAAUUCAUAUAAAAUUUGAGCUUCUGAUUGUUGUUCUGCACUAAAUUAAAAUGGAAGCGACAAAGGAGGAAAAAAGUCAAUUUAUUGUUUGCUCUAAACCAGUGCUACUGUUAAGGUUGGUGGGAAAUGUGAGGCCUCAUCCUCCCGUUUCCAUGUCCUGCAUCAUCUUGUUCGUGAAGCCUGUCAGUCAGUUUGACAGAGAGAAUAUAGUCUGUAAGUUAUGAUAAAUGGCUGAUCAUCUCGCUGUAUGUCAACUUGCAAAUUGCAUGUUGCUGUCUAAUGAUUUUCUGAAGAUUAUGGUACACUGUAAAACCAGAAUCUUCUGUGCAGUUUCCUGGUGUGUUGUGUCUACAGUACAUGUGAUAUUACGAAAACAUCUGUAUUCCUUUAUUAGACGUGUGGCUCACAUUGUACUGCAUUCCAUAUACUGAGACUCUUACUGUGCUUGUGUACAUAAGAAACCAAAAGCAACUGACCAAGGGAAGUUGCUUAGUUUAUCAAAGAAUGCUAUAAGUGUAAGUUUAUAAGUAAAUUUGUGUAUUUGUAAAUCUAUUAGAAGAAUAUAUCAAUUAAGUUAUUUAUUUUUGUAUGAUAUAUCCUUACAGGGUGUAAAUUAAAUGUUUCAGAGCAAAGUAUGUGAAACUACUAACCAGAGGUGAUCACUGUGUUUACGUCCAAGUGAAGCUGAAAUACUGUCAAAGAUUUAAAUAAAUUCAAA